UGCUUUGAAAAGCAGAUAUCUGUCCAUGAGGGAACAAGUGGAUAUAGCUGUGGGAUGUCUGUGUGGUGUGAUGUGUCUCCACCAGCUGCAGCCUGCUCUUCUUCAUGGAGACAUUCGCUCUACCAACAUUCUUAUCAGCAAGACCAUGGAAGCCAAAAUCGGUGAUCUGGGCUCUUGCCGCUUCUCUAACGAGUCACUUUCUGUUGGUCCUCUCAGUCCACAAUACAUUGCACCAGAACGAGUUGUGGAAGGUCGUGCAGUGUCCCCACGCAACACAACACAAGCCGACAUGUACAGCUUGGGAGUCACAUUUGUUGAGUUAUUCACAGGAGUAGGUGCAGAGGUGAAACGGCGUAAGUGUCAGUUUCGAGCUGUUCCUUAUGUUUCACUGCAGGACAUUUGCUAUGCUAUGGCAGAAGAGAAUCCAUGUGAUCGCAUUUCUGCAGCAGCAGCUCUCAUGCAAGUGAAUGCGGUUAAGCAGAAUGACGAGUACACUUCAUGUCCUCCCAACGGAUGGUGAAAGGCAAGAAACGCAAUGAAGACAAAGUGACACUCGUAGAGAUGCCGUGGAUGUGACUUUAGAGCAGAUAAUUGUGAUGUAUUUGUUUGUCUGUUUGUCUCAAUUUAUCCAACUUUGCUGCUUGUUAUAAAUGCAAUAGAUGAUGUUGCAUGUGUUUAGUCUGCUGUGCAAUGUGAGUUGACAUUGAACUUUUUGAUAGUCUAGCAGUCAGUCUCAACAGUUUUUAAUUUACAGUUUCACUUUGUGCUGAUGGGAACUGAAAACACUUAU